UUAGGCCCAAGUGACAAGAACCCAAGUAAGGCCUAAGUUAAAAGAAUCUAAUGGAUACAAUUCAGCCGAAUGAUGAGAAUCUAAAUGCAAUGAACUAGUCAAGGCUAUAGAUACUUUGGUUAUAUUCUAAAACAUUCAUACACACAUCUAUCUUACACAUUAUCAGUUUGUCUAUGGCUCCUUCAACACCAAAACUAGUAGUACCAAUAGACCUGAAGAAGAAGCCAUGGGAACAAAAGCUGCCCCUGCACAACCGGUGGCAUCCUGAGAUACCACCGGUUGCAACCAUUAAAACCGGUCAAGUUUUCAGGAUGGAAAUGGUGGACUGGACUGGAGGUGCUAUUAAAGAUGAUAAUUCUGCUAGUGAUGUUAAAUAUUUAGACCUUUCAACUGUGCAUUAUCUGAGUGGGCCAAUUAGAGUUGUUGAUGAGGAUGGACCGGCUAAACCAGGCGAUCUUCUUGCGGUUGAAAUAUGCAAUUUGGGUGCUCUUCCUGGUGAUGAAUGGGGUUUUACUGCUAUUUUUGAUAGAGAAAAUGGUGGUGGGUUCCUUACUGAUCAUUUCCCCUGUGCCACAAAAGCAAUUUGGUAUUUUGAAGGAAUAUAUGCUUACUCUCCUCAUAUUCCAGGUGUACGGUUUCCGGGUUUAACACACCCGGGAAUAAUCGGAACAGCGCCUUCAAUGGAGCUCCUUAAUAUAUGGAAUGAAAGGGAGAGAGAGCUUGAAGAAAAUGGCUUAAAAUCUUUAAAGUUAUGUGAAGUUUUGCAUUCAAGACCAUUGGCAAACCUGCCUUCAACAAAAGGUUGUCUCCUCGGCAAGAUUGAGGAAGGAAGUCGCGAAUGGGAAAAGAUGGCUAACGAGGCUGCAAGGACGAUUCCGGGAAGGGAAAAUGGCGGGAACUGUGACAUCAAGAAUCUAAGUAGAGGUUCAAAGAUAUACCUUCCAGUGUUUGUGGAAGGGGCUAACUUUAGUACUGGAGAUAUGCAUUUUUCACAAGGAGAUGGUGAAGUUUCCUUUUGUGGGGCCAUUGAGAUGAGUGGCUUCCUUGAGCUCAAGUGUGAGAUAAUAAGAGGAGGGAUGAAAGAAUAUCUAACUCCAAUGGGGCCUACUCCUCUUCAUGUUAAUCCUAUAUUCGAGAUCGGGCCAGUAGAGCCCAGAUUCUCAGAAUGGUUAGUAUUUGAGGGAAUCAGUGUUGAUGAGAGUGGAAGACAACAUUACCUUGACGCCAGUGUUGCUUACAAGCGAGCCGUCCUAAAUGCAAUCGACUACCUGUCCAAAUUUGGAUAUUCCAAGGAACAGGUGUAUCUUUUAUUGUCAUGUUGUCCUUGCGAAGGAAGGAUUUCAGGAAUAGUUGAUGCUCCAAAUGCUGUCGCCACACUUGCAAUUCCAACUGCUAUAUUUGAUCAGGAUAUUCGCCCAAAGGCAAACAAGUUGCCAAUAGGACCACGCGUUGUCAGGAAUCCAGAUAUCCCAAGAUGCACUUAUGAUGGAAAUUUACCGAUCACAAAGAACCUGAGUGCAACAGGAAGUUAAUAACAAAAGUGCUAAACACAUGCCAUGCUCUAUUAUCUUAUAUUGUCAAAAAAAAAAAAAAAAAAAAAUUAAGAACAUACAAUUUCCA